AUAGAUGUAUAUAUACCUUGGGGAGCUGGACGGCGCCACAACUUUGCUGAUCUUCUCUCCACCAUGAAGUGGCUGCUGCUCCUUCACCUCUGCGUUUACGGAGUCCUGUGCUCCACAGACACGGACUAUGACAACGAUGAGGAUGACACAGGGGUAAGAAUUUGGUUUGAUUCUGAAUCUGAAAAUAACGGCUAUAAUGAGAACUAGUCGCAGCUGGUCGGGGCCGCUCUCACACACAAGCCUCUCUGCCGUCUCAGACUAACCCGCUGGACCCGAGGGGCCACAGACCUGUCAUGGUGGGCAGGGAGCGUUACAAUGUGCCCCAGCCAGCCCCUCCACCCGUCAGCGGCGGCUCCACGUACCGCGGCCGGCCGACUCCCGCGCCUGUGCGCGCGCCGCAGAGGCAGCAGAAGGAGGAGCUUCCCGAGUCGGGCGGCUGCACCCACGCGUCGGAGCUGAUGGGGGUUUUAUGUCCAACGGGGUGCGAACUUAAAACCAUCCUGUUGAAACAAGAAAAGAACAUUAAAGGGACCAUCCUUGAACUCAGACGGGACGUGACUGACCUGUCCAGGUCCUCUAACAAUAUUUACCGCUACGUGGACGGCCUGUCAUCGCAGGUCCGCGAGAGGCAGCGCCUCACCGACGAUAACGGGAACGUCGUCAACGAGUACACAAAUGACCUGGAGCAGCAGCACGCCUUCAUCAAGGACACCAUUGACACCAACUUCCCGUCCAACAUCCGCAUCCUCCAGCAGGUGCUGGAGAGUGUGCGCGGAAAAAUCCAGAAGAUCGAGGCAGCCAUCUUGGCUCAGAGGGAGAAAUGCAACAAGCCUUGUGCUGUCUCGUGUCCCAUCCCGGUAGUCUCCGGAAAGGAGUGCGAGGACAUCUACCGCAAGGGAGGAGACGUCUCCGAGAUGUACCUCAUCCAGCCAGACUCAUUCUUCAAGCCCUACAAGGUCUACUGUGACAUGACCACUCUUAAUGGAGGCUGGACCUUGAUCCAGAACCGGCAAGAUGGUAGCGUGGACUUUGGUAGAAGGUGGGAUAAUUACAGGUCUGGGUUUGGAAACAUCGCUUCUGCGGACACAAAAGGAUUCUGCAAAGUCCCAGGAGAGUACUGGCUGGGAAACGACCGGAUCAGUCAGCUCACCAAGAUCGGUCCAACCGAGGUCCUGUAUGAGAUGACCGACUGGUCCGGUGCUCGUGUCCAAGCUAGAUACCAGCAGUUCACUGUGCAGGGGGAGAACACCAACUACCAGCUGGCCGUGGCUGGCUACUCCGGCACCGCCGGAGAUACCCUCCUCAUGGGGGCCCGGGAGCUGGUGGGCGAGAACCGGACCAUGACGAUACACAACGGCAUGAUGUUCAGCACCUACGACAGAGACAAUGACAACUGGCUGCCCGGGGACCCGUCCAAGCAGUGCUCCAGGGAGGACGGCGGGGGCUGGUGGUACAAUCGCUGCCACUCAAGCAACCCCAAUGGCCGGUACUACUGGGGAGGAGCCUAUACCAGGCAGAUGGCCAAGCACGGCACAGAUGACGGCAUCGUGUGGAUGAACUGGAAGGGGUCCUGGUAUUCCUUGAAGGCUAUCAGCAUGAAGAUCAGGCCAUUUUUCCCCUCUCGAUAGUCAACAUGUAGCGCAGGCUGCUCCACCAUGUCCCGGCAAAAAAAGGAUGGCCAACCAUGACAAUGGAAGCAGCAGUCUGGCAUGUUCCGCCGUGCUCAGGGACAAAGCGUGCCAAGACAGUGUUCAAAAGUAACCAAUCCCCAGCAGGCGCUAAAAGGCAUUAAAAGCAACACUGAAUCAAUGAAAACAAAACAUGCUAGGCAGAUUUAUUGUCCAGCAAUUUUUAUUUAAAAAUAAAAACAUUUAAAAUACAAGAUGACCUUUUUAAAACGUGUGACUCCUCCGAAGAAGCAAUUUUGUUCCUCUGCUCAAUAAAAUUUGUUGAAGAUCA